AUGUCAAUACGCAACUAUGCAGCCCAGUUUGUUGGAUCUCAGCAGCCUGAUGCCCAAGAAUUGAUGAUGCUUCUCCUCGGCGUUCUGCACAAAGAAUUAAAAAGGGUUCAAGAGAAAACCUACAUCGAACUAAAUGAUGCCGAUGCUCAUCGCGAUGAAGUGAGUAAUUCCACAUAG